AUGCGACGGAAGAUCAAGAUGGAGCUGCAGCUGUCGGACGACAAGGAGAACCAGGCGCCGAACCGCCGCGACGAGCCGCUGCUCGAGUCGCUCGUGCGGCAACUCCCGGUGCCAAUAAUGCGGUACACGGAGACCGAGGGCCACAAUGCGCAGCUGUUGCACCUUGGCGAGUCGGCGCGGUCGCUUUUCAUGCUGGAAAAGGCCACGGAGCGGCGGCUGCGACUUGUGAUUGCGCUCAAAGACGCGCCGCGCUCAGUGACCCAGUGGCUGGAGCUCCUGCGCUGCCCGUUGGGCGGCAAUCCAGGAAAGUACAACAAGAUCCGACUGCUGCGACGCGCGUUGACGUGCACGGACUCGGAGACGGCGCGGGCGAGUGCCGAGUACACGGAGAUGUGCAUCAUGUUGGCCAAGUUGAGCGAUAGUGAGCUGGGGAUUCGGCAGAACUUCCAGGAGAUGAAGAAACGACGUGUGGGCGAGCAGCAGCCGCUGCGGUACGAAGAGGAAGCGGCGUUCGAGUUUGAAGCGGGGAAUAAGAGGGUGGCAGAAGAAGUGCUGGAGCUAGGAGUGGUGAAUGGUGCGCUGACGGGGGCUCAGAAGGAGGAGUUGUGGCAGCGGGUUGUAGCGGGGCGAGCAGGUUGGGUCGCGGCUUUCUCGGGCUCGCCACAGGAGCAGCGAGUGCUGGCGCUGCGCACGAAGAUGCAGGUACUUCGGAGAACUCAAGACUGCAGUAUGACGGACAAGAUGAUGGGGGAUGGAAAGGCAGCUGCAAUUACUCCACGUGGUGGUGCGUCGACGCCACUUCGAUCGUCGAUUUACUCGACACCUGGUGGGUAUCGUACAGGACGAGACGCUCGUACUUCGACGCCUGUGUACGCUGUGACGCCAGCGCAGCAGGGGUCGCCGGUUUCCCACGCUCGAUACGGAUCGGGAUUUUCUACUGUAUCCAAGGCACCUCGCACUGGAAACGUGUCGUCCCUACUCACGACCCCGUCGCUUCCGACACGGUCUGGUCCUAAGUCACAAUCAACGUUGCGAAAACCGACUGCGCGCUUUACGCUAGGAGGUCCACCGCUGCGCGUUAUUGCCUCGAAUCGGGACGAUGAAGAUGAUGACGACAAUGACGAAGACGCUACACUUGGGAACGAGCAAUCCUUGUCCAAGUCGAACAAGGCAAUGUCUUCAAUAAAGGAGGCUAACGACACUCCAUCUGUGCUCAAAUCAGACACAAUAUCCAAGCCAAAAAUUGAUGUGGGCGACAUUUCCCAUAUCCUGAAAUGGAAUCCAGCCAAAAGCGUGGAUGCAAAAGGGUGUUCGGUCGGUGGUAAAGACGCGAGACUCCCGAUUUGUAAGCGAGCGAAACCCAUGGCAAAUGGUAAACAGCUGAAGAAUUGCGGAGGAGAAACAAAGGGUGAGAAAUCAUUGGAGGCGCAGCCUGUGCCGCCAGUGGGAGUGCAGUGGCAUACGGAAAGGAAAGAGUUAUCUGAUGUACGGACGAAGAUGCCAACAUCUGUUAGCAAUUCUACUGCUUUCGACCGGCUUCGGUCUCCAAAAAUGAAAGAACUACCGGACGGUAAAGCAGACGCAACGUCCGGAUCUUGUGGGCUGUUAAACAGCAGCGGCAUGACAGCGCACGAUCGCUAUCGUUCUCCGAAGCGACAACAGCUAGACCCAAGUGUAGCCAUGGUGAAGACUUAUGCCGAUAUAGGCUCACCAGUUCAGGGCGCUUUAUCUCCACAGCUUCGCUUGGGCUCACCAAGCUCCGUAUCUUCGUCGUCAUCCCCACCUGUGGCGUCUAUGAGCAGUGCGUCGUCCCGGGAUGCCCUGGAUUCGCUGACGAGCCGAGUCGUGGUGAACGGGCUGAGGUAUAUAAAGUUGGAGCAGAUUGGAAGUGGGGGCAGCAGCAAAGUUUACAGGAUGCUUGGCCCCGAUUUGAAGAUAUAUGCGCUGAAAAAGAUUAAGCUUAAAAAGCUUGAUGCGCAAAGUAUUGCCCAGUACACGAACGAAAUUAAUUUGCUGCAACGAUUACAAGGGAAUCCGCAUAUUAUCAAGCUCAUUGCUGCCGAGCAGGAUCUACAGCAGCGGCAGAUAAACGUGAUAAUGGAACAUGGUGAGAUCGAUCUGAGUGAACGACUUCGCAACUUGAAAGGCGGCAUGGAUGAAAACCUUUUACGAGUGAUAUGGACUCAAAUGCUUCAAGCUGUCGAUGCUAUUCACAGAAUGCGAAUUAUCCACGGCGAUCUAAAACCGGCAAAUUUCCUGUUUGUCAACGGCGCGCUGAAACUCAUCGAUUUUGGAAUCGCAAAGGCGAUUCCGUCAAAUGAUACGACGAAUAUCGAGCGUGAUAGUCAGAUUGGCACAGUCAAUUUCAUGUCUCCAGAGGCUAUUCAGGGUAAUACGAUGCCCAACGGCGAUCGCGACCCCAAAGGAAAGAUGAAGGUCGGACGCGCGAGUGACAUUUGGUCGCUAGGGUGCAUUCUCUACCAGAUUGUGUACUCAAAGCCUCCCUUUGCGGAUGUGCACAACAUCAUUGAGAAGUUCCGCUGUAUUAUCGACCCGGCGGUACCGAUUCCGUUUCCACCGCUACGAAACAAGGACCUGGAAGACGUGAUUCGCUCAUGCUUGCAACGAGAACAUCGGCGCCGACCUCCGAUCACUGGCGAAGGCGGUUUAUUGACCCAUUCAUUUUUGCAGAAUGCAGGCUCGGGCGCACCCGUUUCGUCAACCGCCAUUGUAACGACGGCUAACGCUUCGCAGGUUCUCUCACAGCUCGGCGGUCUGUUGCGUUCUCAGGGAGUCCCAGCUGGUCGCGUUGACAUGUUCAUGUCUAUUGGACAGGAGGGCUUGCAGAAUGCAAACAGUAGCGGCUCCUCUCGGAUACAUUGUCUCUAUAACACGCAAGAGCGUCAGACAGAUAUUUAA